CCCUGCCAUUUGAAGCAGCAAAUAGCCAGAGGGCUCUGAAGCAGCAAGUACUGAGUAGUCGCGCUCUGCCCCUCCCUCCUCCCUCCUUCCUGGUCUGCCCCAUAAAUGCUCCUACCGUAUGUAGCUGUCUAUUCUGCCUGCCUUUCGUCAUUGCCACGGCCCUUUCAUCUGAAGGUUUUCCUCUCCCUGAAAGGUCACCACCAACGAGAAAGAGUGGAAGACGUGCUCUCCUCCCACCACAUACCUUACCUUACCGAUCCAAAUACAGACACAGAGCACGACCGCGACAGGAACGAUAUCCUACCUACCCUCGCCCGUAUCAGACGUCGCGAACGAACCACUCGCGGCUACUCGACUUCGAUUUCCAUUGUUAGCAGCAGUGGUCAGUCGCCCCAGGGGAAGAAACGGUGCGGCGUGUCUUCCCGCCAGCUCCAGUUCGCCAGCUCCGAACCACACAUAUCCAUCCCCAGUCCCUAGGCCUAGACCCAGCACCAGACGAGGCCUCGAUCCGAAUCGAACCCCUUUCCACCACCACAACUCCUUCCCAUUGACCACUCACGAGACGCAACGAAAUACCACCUACUUCCUUCCUUCUUCACCCAUCUAACAACCUCACGACGACUGGUUCACCUGGACCUGCCUUAUUCGACUCGACCACCUUUUCGGGCCGUGAUGGUGACGAUCGACGUGCUGCCCAGCUGAACGAAUAUCCAUACCAAGCAAUUUUUCAGAUCCGAACCGAAUACCUCCUACUCUUUAUGACGGGAAUAGCAGCCAUCAACAAAAAAAUACAUACUAUGGCGGCUACCGUUGCGCAUGCGAACCCCCUGUCGAACCAGGUUGGCGGAGGCUUGUCCAAGAUGAUGGGCGGAGGCAGUAGCAGUAAUGGCCACACUCAGGCUCAGGUCCAGGCUCAGGCGCAACAACAUUCCGAUGCUGGAGCUGGACCUAUUGCGAGCCGGAAGUUGACUCCUCAGGACUUUCGCGUUGUGAGAACGCUUGGAACUGGAACGUUUGCUCGGGUGUGUCUUGUGCGCCCGGCAAAUGCGACUGAAGAGGAGCGCGAUACCGUUUUCGCGCUGAAGAUACUGCGGAAAACAGAGGUCAUCAAGCUGAAGCAGAUCGACCACGUCCGUCACGAACGUCUAAUUCUCGGCGAUGUUGCCGGCCACCCCUUCAUCACAAAUCUUAUUUCCUCCUUCGCCGACCGCGACCACUUGUACAUGCUGUUGGACUACGUCCCCGGCGGCGAGCUUUUCAGCUACUUGCGCAAGUUCCGGCGCUUCGAGGAGGAGACGGCGCGCUUCUACGCUGCAGAAAUUGUUCUAGUGCUGGAGUACCUUCACGAGCAACAAGGCCGUGUCGCGUAUCGUGACCUCAAGCCCGAAAACCUUCUCCUGGAUGGCGACGGCCAUAUCAAGUUGGUCGACUUUGGCUUCGCAAAGAGGCUGAGCAACAGCUCAGGGCAGCCCAUUGAAACUUACACACUCUGCGGCACUCCCGAAUACCUCGCCCCGGAAGUGAUCCAUAACAAAGGUCACACGACGGCGGUGGACUGGUGGGCGCUGGGCAUUCUGAUAUACGAGUUCUUGACGGGAUACCCGCCAUUCUGGCACCAGAACCCAAUCGAGAUCUACAAGCAGAUUGUCGAGAAGCCCGUCAUGUUCCCUCAUGACCCGCCAGUAUCAGCCGAAGCUCAAGAUCUGAUCAGAUCCUUCUGCACAGUAGACCGAUCCCGACGACUAGGCAACGUUAGCGGGGGAGCAGCCAAGGUCAAAGAACACCCCUUCUUCCGAGGGGUCAACUGGGACGACAUGUACCACCGACGAGUGCGAGGCCCCAUCAUCCCACCGAUUCGAUACCCCGGCGAUGCGCAAUGCUUUGACAUCUACCCCGAGGACGACGGCAAGAGGGAACCAUACACCGAAGACAUGGUCCAGAAAUACGACCAGUACUUCAAGGACUUUUGACGCAAGCUUUGUCAACCUUUUCGACCCAUCAUUGUAUGAAUCAUGCGUUCGGAGUUGUUCUUUACUCGGAGGAGUUGGUCUCCGUAAUUCUUUCAUGUUUUUUUGUUAUGAUACUCCAACCUGUAACUGUACUGCAUGAGACUUGGUAGCGAGGAUCAGGAGAAUGAGCGGCCCGUUCAGCGUCGCUCGAGAGAGGCAGAGCUUGGACAUGGGGAAAGAAGCUGUUAGGCUUUGGUCUGGACUAUGUGUGUGAGGGAAAUUCUGCUGGUCAAACCCUGGAUAAGGUAGGCAUCGCUGGGUAUUGUUCUUUUUCCACCCCAUUUCACUCGGGUAUUUGAAGGCGUUAGAUUACGAUUGGGGAAUUAGCCAGCCUGUACCGGGGGCAAUUCAGG